CUGAGCAAUAAAGAGAGAAUGGUUAGAGGAAAAAAAAGAGUAGAUGCAUGAUACUUGUCAAGUUAUACCUCAAAUGUUUUCAUCAAUUGAUAGUGGAGAAAAUGAAGUUGUGAGGAUGAGUGUUGGUGCACCGAUCUGCCCAGCUUUUUCCGAUGGAGAAAAUGCAGUGAACCCUACGAAGCAAUUAUAUUGCUUCGAUUUUAUUUUCUUAGAUAUCGUUUGUCGUUUGCAACGUAAACAAUUGUCCCAUGGCGGAGGCUAUGUGGGCCAAGUCAUAGUCGAAUGUCGUGGGCGCUUGUGUGUUGAAUGCACUAUAAGGCUAGGGUAUGCGCCUCUUCUAAUACCAAUUGGUUUUAGAAGAGUUGGUAGCGACGAUGACAACGAAUUUGGACUUGUCAUUAAGAAGUUCCACAAGUUCAUGAAGAAGGAAUUUGAGCGGAAGGGAAGGAAGCACGACGGCCCUCCCAAGUGCUACGGCUGUGGCGAGAUUGGCCACAUCAAGCCAAGAUGUCCAAAAGCCAAACACGGCAAGGAUAAGCCCGGCUUCAAGAAGCAAAGGGCUUACAUCUCUUGGGGUGGCGAUUCCGGUGACGAAUCAACCGACCAAGAGGAGGACGAAGCUGCAAAUCUUUGCCUCAUGGCGCACGAAGAUCAAAACGUCCAAUAGGUAUGUACCAUUUCUUCCGACUCUUAUACUUUUGAAGAAAUGCAAGAAGCACUUCAUGAACUUUAUGAAGAAUUUGUUAGCGCCUCUAAAACAAAUAAAUCUUUGAAGAAACGUCUUUCUACACUUGAAAACAAUUUUGAAAAAUUAGAAAAAGAAAAUGAAAUACUUAAACAAGA